AUGGCGGCGGCGGGGAAGGCGGCGGGUGCCCUGGCGCUGGCGCUCGUGCUCGCGCUCGCGGGGGCCAACUCCGAGGGCGACGCGCUCUCGGCGCUGCGCCGCAGCCUCAGGGACCCCGGCGGCGUGCUGCAGAGCUGGGACCCCACGCUCGUCAACCCCUGCACCUGGUUCCACGUCACCUGCGACCGCGACAACCGCGUCACCCGCCUGUGA